CACAGAAUCGAGAAGCGCGUUAACAAAAUGGCCCACAGGGAACGAAAGGAGGCCAAAAAGCAUCCAGAACUCCGCCAAGAAGAAAACAUGAAUGACAAACUCAAUAUUCCAAGCUGUUUUCCAUAUAAGAUCGUUCAUUCUGAGAUUGAAGAGGGAAAGCUAUUGAAGGAACAGGAGCAAUUGCGAAGAGAACUUGCAAAGCGGAGAAAGGAGGAGUUAGUGGGUAGAUCAGAGGGCAGGGAGGAUGCUAUGCAGGACCAGUGAGGAGGUUAUGCCAGUUCCAGUAAGUUAUGUAGCAAUGCUAUGGAUGAAAAUGAUGCUAAUUCUAGAGUAUGUUCCGCCAUGUGCGACAAGUACUCAUUUCUCUUUUUAAACAAAUUGCUAAAUAAUCAUAUACUGGAGGUUCCGCAAUGGCAGCCCUCCUGGCCUUACGGCGAGCAAGGGCCUCAGAAUAUGAAGCCGAGCAUGGUGGCUUCUGCGGCGAGCCCGAUGGUGAUUCAGAUUCGGAAACCGGCAUUCCAGACCUCGAAUCCAAGAGCACCGGCAAAGAUACCUCAUGAAAAUCGCUUGACAAGAUAUUCAAGCAAGUGGUCGAUGCUACCGGCAUAACUCUCUACGUCCUAGAUACUCGAGACCCCGAAGGCACCCGUUCCCGCGACGUGGAUAGACAGAUAAUGGGGACUGAUGGCAGCGAGAAACAACUAAUCCUUAUCCUGAACAAGAUCUAUCUCGUACCAGGGACGCCUGAACGGGUGGUUGGAUUAUCUCCGCAGAGACUUCCCAACGCUGCCACUAAGCGCUAG